ACUCGCAAGGAAGUCUCGAGAAAGAAGCACGUUCCCCGAGAAGAGAAGCGACAGAGAAACACUUGGCAGCCUCGAAGACUGCUGCGCGACAGCGGGACCUCUUCGCAAAAACCUCUUUUUCCAUGAGAACCUAAAGCGUUUUUCGCUCGACAUUUAAAAGAUCCGUUUCAGUGCAGCUUCCUCUGGCGUUGACUACUGCCGGUUCUAAAACACAGUCAGGUUGAUCUUCCUCUGGACUUGAGUCGCAAGAAGCGAGAGCGGUUGUAGCGUUUUGAAGAAGAUGGAGAACCCGUCGGACGACGAAGCGGAAACUCCCAGAUAUACGCUCGUGACUGGGGAAGGCACAAAACAACACAGUUCGAGAGAGUACACUGGAGUCGGGAGAGCGACGUACUAUUUCGACGAAGGAAAACGCGAGGAGUUUGAGGGACAUUAUCUCAACGGAGUUCGAGAAGGAAAAGGGAGCUAUCGAUAUGCAAACGGCGACUCCUACGAGGGCGAUUUUCAGCUGAACAAAAAACACGGAAUCGGGACAGCUCGAUACAAAGAACAACCUCCAGAAGACACUGAAGAGGACCCGGCGCUGAACGAAUCCGUUCGAGAAAGAUUCUCGACCUACUUGGGCCACUUUCGUGAAGGCAAACGCGACGAGAGCGGGGCGAUCGUCUACGCGAACGGGGACGUCUACAUUGGCGGAUGGAGCAACGGGAAAAAGUCCGGAUUUGGCAAGUACAGAUUUGCCGCAGACAAAUCGCAGCUGGUGGGCUACUGGCAACAAGGUCGAAUGCAGUACGGUCGCUGGAACCUCCCAUCGGGGAUUUAUUACGCAGGUUUUUUCAAACGAAACAAACCUUGGGGCAAGGGAGUCUGGGUCUUCCCCCGGAGUGGAAAUCAGGUCAUCGGCGAAUACAUCCAGAAGGUGAAAGACGCUGCCGAGGAACCUGCAGAAGAGGGCCAGGAGCCCGGGGAAGAAAGCCUGCCUCCUGAUGAGCUCCUUGAGAUUGAGUCCGUCGAAUUCAUGUGUAGACAGUGCACCUCGCUGAGGGAGUGAGAGACAGACGAGAAACCUGGCAGCUGAAGGAAUAGCCGCCUGCCUGUCAACGAGAAGCACACCGACGCUUCACCUGCUUCUGAGUCGACAGUUGUUAAGCAUUCCGCCAUAACUAGGAAGCACGGAAGAGAAACACCGCCGCGGGCAACACUUAUGAAUGUCCAGAAAACCUUACUAUCGAGGAUGCAAACCCGCUUAAUUGCAUGCAACCAGGAAAUAGCAGAUUCAGUCUCCAGAGCUAUUUCACUGCAGUCUACCUGCACACUCUAUAACGGUCUACAGGUAUUUUUGACUAUGCCAUCCGUACAUCCAAGUUGACAACGUGUCAGAGUCAAUGCUAGGAGUGGCUGCUGAUACAUUGUGAUUAUGCCGACGGCGACUAAUGCAGUGUGAACGGUUUUCGACUCGACUACACCCUAAAGUCCAUUUUGUAAACGAUAUUUUCGAGAAAACUGCUCGCGGCGUGACAGACUGUGGAUCGUGUUUCACUAGGAAAUAGAAAAAUGUUGUGCCUCCCUGUCGGAGACCUGAAAAUCGAGAGUUGCCGGGCGGUUAAUGAGGAGGUUUCCUCAAGUACCAACCUACGCGUUUGACAGAAACACGAAAGACGUCCGUCUGUGAUGAAAAACUCGGUUCUACCAGUGGGAAGUGCCGAAUUCUGCUAGGGGAACAGACAUUGCAAGCGUCGCUGGUUCACAUGGACACAGGGUCUCUCUCGGCACGCGCUGUUGACUUCGCGUCUCGCGUACGGGAGUAGGUCCGCGACUUCCGCUUUUGUCUGCCAUGUGAAGGUGAACGCGGGGGACAUCGAGAACAGUUCUAGUUUUCGCUGGAGGUGUUUCCUGAACAGAGACUGUCGCUGUACCGGCCGGGGCGGAUCGACUCGAAGAAAGCCAGCUGGGCAUCCAUUUUCCGGAAAAAGCGUGGAACGUACACUCCUUGAAGCGUCGUUCCGUGUUAAGACUAAGACAAUUUUCCAGGCGGUAACUUUUUCCACUACGGAAAGAGGACUUGAAAGUGAGACGAUUAGACAAAAUGAAGGUUUCCCCGUCGACUUCGGGCACUGGUUUUUUCUCGAGAAAAGCUACAGAACGUCGCUUGUGUCUGUGGCUUUGCUCAGCCGAAAAAAUAUCACAGGAGGCACGACAGAUCUCCUGACGAAGCCCGUUACGCGGAAGUACACAUUUGAGUGCAGUUGCCAAUCUGAUCAGAUUUUAUUCAAUAAACUCAGUUCCUUUUUCUAAAGACAAACGUGCAAUGCAUGUCAGUGCACCAGAUUUGUUUCACGUCGAGAUUGCUUUCCCAGAAGACGUUUCUCCGGAACCUUGCACAGUUCCUUUCGUCACCCACAACCGAUACGCAUCUACGCAGAUCGCCUGCCACGAAUCUGCAGACGUCCGCACACCGACAACGACUCGCUGACGCCUGCUUCACUGAUCCUGCAAAUCUGCGAACACGAGCGCCUCGAGACGCUUGGUCCGACACAAUUUUUGGUGGGGAACAACCCACUCUUUCCUCCCGUGUCGCUGCUCCCCCUCGUCGGUGAUUGACUGAGGAGAGGAGACGGACUCCUUUUCGUUCUUGCGCGUCGUCGCGCUCCCGCAGAGCCAGCGCCUUUCUCUCAAGAAGCGAGGGCUCGGCGUUCGACCUUGAGAAGGCCGGAGAGGCUGCCUCGCGAAAGCGACCGAGCAUUCACCCGCGGGAGGGAUCUCUGGAGAGACCCAUCGAGGACCUGAAGCUGGCAACGCUCUAGUCCAAGCUCCAGUACUCGCGGUCCUUCUUUCUGGGCUUCUGAGAAGCAGACACAGGAAAAACAACACGUUGGAAACUGAAAACGCAACGCCCGGGGAACGGAGGAAAGGCAAUGCACAAAUACCCCGUUCGAUCUGACUCCACAGACGCACAUGCGUCAGACAGCGU